CAGACAGAAUGUGACCAGUGACCAGACUUAACAAAACCCAAUGCAUCCCAUCCAAUAUCCAAAAGGGUAAAUCCGUCAAACUCUCCGUAUAAUUCAAAUUUUGUAUCGUUACUAGUAGUCGUUACACACUCACCUCAUCUCUCACACUUCCCGGCGCUACAAGACAAUACUAUUAUUAAUUAAUAAUAAUUAACUAAUUAAUCUAGUAUUUUAUUUCAUGUUUAGUUCACUAGAUUACGAUUUCUAUUUUUUUAUUGAAUCGUUAACAUGAAAUUGAACGCUCAAACUCAAAGCUUCUACUAAAAUGGAAAACAAUGUUGGAAUGUGGAAGCAAGAAGUUAUGAUGAUGGAAAUCGAAAACGAAGUGUUUGGUGAAGAUAAUAUUGAUUUUGAUUAUGAAUUUCAUGCUCCUAAUUUCUUCGAUUUCACUUCACAAGAAACUCCCGAUCAAGCUCAACAAGCUGAACGAUGGUUCCAAACCGCCGGAACUUACGCUCCUUCUCCUUUUGUGGCAAAUCUUGUGAUGAGAGAAGAGGUUGCGGUUGCUAAUGCAGCCACCGGUCAUCAACCUAAACCUAAAGUUUUUCAGCAUUACGGUUCAAAAGUAGCGAGUGGCAAAAUUUCUGGAUUAUUGGGAGGAGUUCAUCAAAAUGUUGCUAUGCAAUCAGGAAUGACCUUUAACAGCAGGACUGGUGAAGGUUUGAAUUCGAAGGCUAAAUCUGCUGUGUCAAAGGGUUCAUCAACACUGAUGAAACCUACAGCUAGUCAGUUGGCUAAGCAAAAUCGGCCCUCUCAAUUUGUUGGCUCAAGGUUUCAGAAGGCAGAAGCUCAUAAAAAGGAGAUUUAUUUAGCUAAAUCUAUUGAGAUAGAGAGUCAAGCUACCAAGCGGCAGAAAUUAGAUGGUGGUCUCUCGCGCAAGGUUGGUGAUGUGAAGCAGCAAGCUAAUUUUGUCCACAAGACACCUAAGAAGAUUGUAACUGCUGAUCAAAACACUGGAUAUUCCAAGCUUAAGAUUACUAUUCCUAGAGUGCCUGACCUAGAAACUUCUCAUAGAGCACAAAGGAUUAGACCCAAAAAUGCUGCAGAAGCAGAAGUCAUGACAGUGGCUGUACCGAAAUUCAAAGCACGGCCGUUAAACAGAAAAAUUCUUAAUGCUCCUUCAUUACCACUUCAUAAGAGAACCCCUGCACGGUUGCCCGAAUUUCAAGAAUUUCACCUCAAAACUUCGGAGAGAGCUGUGCAGUACAAAUCUGCUGCUUCAUCAUCUACACUUCCAUGCAAUGAUUCUGAUAAGGAUUUGGACAAACAUGCUACUGUUUCUGCUCCACAAAACAACAGAAUUUGGAAUUUUAGAAGGCCAUCUGUGAUGGGUGCUCCAAAGCAUGAUGGAUUGGAUAGUGGGCAUGAUUUCAAAGCUCGACCAUUUAAUAAGAAGAUAUUUUCAAGCAAAGGAGAUAUUGGUGUUUUUCGCAACAUUAAGCAGGAACCCACUGUGCCAAUGGAAUUUAAUUUUCGUACAGAAAAGAGGCUUCAGCAUGACCCACCAAUUGAACUCUUUAGUAAGCAGUUGUCCCUGAAAUCUGGAGUGCAGUCAACUAUGUUUAACAAGGAUUCAAAAGAAAAUAUGGGAACUUCUUUUCAUCUGAACCAAAAGGAAAAGCCUUUUAUAUUUGGAGAAAAGCAAAUUAAUAGUGGGAUGGAGUGUUGCAUCAGCAAAGCUGAUACCGUAUUGAGUGCAAGGAGGAGCUUGGGAAUGCGGUGAUGGCAAGUCAGAAACUAAAACGAGGCAAUUUUGCUAAAGGAUUUAGCCAUGCAACAUCAGAAUUUUCCCGGCUAAUUUGAGAGCUGACGUAGACAUAACCAAACUUGAUAGGGCUCAACACUUAGAUCUUCUCAGAUUGUUCUAUCUGUACAAAGAGUCAUACAAAAUUACUUUGUUAGGACAGAAGUGAGCAUAGAUUUCAAAGUGCGUCACUUGUAUCUCUUGUAUAAAUUACUUUGUUGAAUUAAUGAAAUUUAUUGUUUAUAGAUUAAGGAGAGUAACUUAUGUGGUUGCUUUUGACACAAUGUGAUGAACCUUUGUACUCCCCUUAUGACCCCACAAUUAUAAUACUACUAGAAAAAAAAAAUAUUUAUGUUGAA